ACUCGUUGGUAGACAGUCCAACACAUCGUGUCGUCGUCUCUCUGUAUUCAAUUUGCGAGUGAAACCAAGACAAGAAAGAAAACGAACCACCACCAUUGAAUUGUGUUGUUUCAAAAGUUUUCGUGACCAACUGCCGGAAGAAUCGCUAAAGAAAAGCACAACAAAAAAAAAAAAAAUGGGUCAUUGGUGAAGAAUUUCGUUGCGUGUUUUUAGUGGUGGUAGUGUUUGUUGCGAUCGCCAACACGAGGAUUGCGAACGACACGAUGAUAGAGUAUUGUCUCUUCAAAGUGGACAGUGACUACACGUAAUGUCGUCUUAAACGCGUUUCGCCAUUUGUAAAUUGUUAUCAUUAUUGCAAAACAAUAUCGCCCUCAAUUGAAAAAAGAAUAUCAUUGAAGAAUGGCAUCGUCCAAAGUGGCUCGACGGAGACAAGGCAGUCUAGGUUUGCCAAAAGAUUCGCCGCCGCCACCGACCGUCAACGGCGCCGCUUCACCCAGUCAGAGCCUCGACAAUCUCGAAAUGAUCAAGACCAUUGGAACUGGGACGUUCGGUCGGGUCGUCCUCUGCCGCGAAAAGAGUACGCGCGAAUACUGGGCGCUGAAAAUUUUGGCCAUCGCCGACGUCAUUCGACUCAAACAAGUCCAGCACGUUCAGAACGAAAAAAACAUCCUGCUCAGCGUGAAUCAUCCCUUCAUCGUCAACAUGGUGUGGACGCAUCACGACCAAUCGUUUCUCUACAUGCUGUUCGACUACGUCUGCGGUGGUGAACUCUUUUCAUACCUGCGCAACGCCGGACGUUUCAGCAGUUCCACAGGUAAUUUCUACACGUGCGAGAUUGUCUGCGCCCUGGACUACCUGCACACACAGAACGUCGUCUACCGCGACUUGAAACCGGAGAAUCUCUUGCUGGACCGAGACGGACACUUGAAAAUCACGGAUUUCGGCUUCGCCAAGAAACUCACCGACAGGACUUGGACCUUGUGCGGGACUCCCGAAUAUCUGGCGCCGGAGAUCAUUCAAUCCAAAGGCCACAACAAAGCCGUCGACUGGUGGGCACUAGGGAUACUCAUCUACGAAAUGCUGGCCGGCUAUCCGCCCUUCUUCGACGACAAUCCGUUCGGCAUCUACGAAAAGAUUCUGGCCGGCAAGAUCGACUGGCCCAGACAUAUGGACCCCAUCGCCAAAGAUUUGGUCAAGAAACUCCUGGUACAGGAUCGUACUAAACGUCUCGGCAACAUGAAAAAUGGAGCGGACGAUGUCAAACGCCACCGGUGGUUCAAAGGACUCGACUGGGAUGACGUUUUCUACCGGAAACUUAAGCCGCCCAUCGUGCCCAAAGUCAGCUACGACGGUGACACGUGCAAUUUUGACGAAUACCCCGAAGCGGAUUGGCAGCGAACACCUUGCGUCACCGAAAAGGAUUACAAACUCUUUGACAGCUUCUAACUGUCAUGUGGUACCGGACCCCACACACACACACACACACGCAUAACAAUGAAUUUUCAAUUUAACAUUUUUCUUUCUCUAAAACAUUUUUUUUUUUUUUACUGUACAUAAAAAAUGGCGCAGCUCUUUUUUUAAAUUUUAUUUAUCAUUAUUUUCUAUUUUUAGCGCGAAAAAGUCGUUUGGCUUCAUGUCAUUGAUUUUUUUUUUUCUCUUUGGACUUCGUGAAUUAUUUAGAUGCGUUCGACAAGUUUUUUGAAAAAGACUUGCCUAUUUUUGACAACAAUGUCUAAGAUCUGUAAAAAAAAAUUAAGCGUCUCUCCAUUGUGUUGUAGUGUAUCAUAUGCCACCCGUUUUUGUGUGUGUGUGUGUGUGCGUACGUGCGUUACGUUUUAAAAAGGUGAUUUAAGAGUCAAACCGGUCAUUUGUUUGUCACGGCCGAAGAAACACGCUGAAAUGGAGAAGGAAGAAAAUUCUAUUUUUCCUUCCUUUGCCUUUUGAGUGACGUCAUUUCAAACGAUUUCCUCGAUGAAAAUUGUAGCGAAAAACAAACAAACAAGUGACGAUAGUUCCACGUUUUCAUUCUAAUUCAUCUUAUUGUUUAUCGGGCUUUUUGAAAUCAAUGUAUUAAAAAAAAAACGAUAUUUGGAGAGGUAGGAGCAACAACAUGGCCGUGUCUUGGAGAUGAGCUUCCUUUGUGUGUUUGUAAACAGUUUUUUUUUUUUAUACAAGAACCCUCUUUUCCGUUGAAAAAAAAACAAACAAUUGUCUCGUGAAUUGUCUUUGUAUUUUACAACGUGACAACGAUGCGUGCUUGCAAGAGCGCUGAAAUACAACGAAUAAUGAAUGAA